CCUCACUACGUGUCUCUGCUAAUCUCGCGAGACUGAAGCUCCACAUAAAUCUCGCAGUGAUGGCUGCGCCGCCCGAUGCGGAGAGUUUGGAGUCUCGUAUCAACAGAGCCACAAAUCCACUGAACAGAGACACAGACUGGACUAGUAUCCAUGCUUUCUGUGAUCAGCUCAACAAUGAUCUGGAAGGACCUCAGCUGGCCACCAGGCUCCUGGCCCACAAGAUCCAGUCUCCACAAGAGUGGGAGGCCAUGCAGGCUUUACUGGUCCUGGAGACGUGUAUGAAGAACUGUGGGAAAAGGUUUCACAGUGAAGUGGGCAAGUUCCGUUUUCUCAAUGAACUCAUCAAAGUGGUCUCUCCAAAGUACCUGGGCUCACGGUCGCCCGAACGUAAAAAGAAGGUUUUGGAGUUGAUCUACAGCUGGACUUUGGGUUUACCUGAAGAGGCCAAGAUCUCAGAUGCAUAUCAGAUGCUGAAGAAGCAAGGUAUUAUUAAACAAGACCCAGAGCUGCCGCCUGACAAACUGCUGAGCCUUCCUCCACCCAGACCCAAGAAUGCCAUUUUUGAGGACGAGGAGAAAUCAAAAAUGCUGUCUCGCCUGUUGAAUAGCUCGCACCCCGAGGACCUAAAAGCCGCCAACAAACUCAUCAAAGAAAUGGUCCAAGAGGAUCAGAAGCGAGCGGAGAAGGUGUCGAAACGGGUGAACGCCAUCCAGGAGGUGAAGGAGAGCGUGUCUCUGCUGACUCAGCUGCUGCAGGACUACGACAGCAGCAAUACCAAUCAGAGCAACACUGAGCUGAUACAGGACCUGUACCAGCGCUGUGAGAAAAUGAGGCCGACACUGUUCAGGCUGGCAAGUGAUACGGAGGACAAUGACGAAGCUCUGGCGGAGAUCCUGCAGGCCAACGACAGCCUGACUCACGUCAUCAACCUGUACAAGCAGCAGGUGAAGGGGGAGAUUGUGAACGGAAACAGCACCUUAAACGCACAGAAACAAACCGGAGGGACAGCGCUGCUGGAUCUUUCAGGUUUGGACACUUCACCUCAGUCACCUCCCUCCUUCCCCGAGUUUCCCACUCCGACAGACAGCCUUAACGCCCCCUCACAGGAGAUGGGGAUCAGUCUCCUUGACGACGAGCUCAUGUCCCUUGGUUUAAGUGAAGGAACACACGCCUCCAACCCUCCCUCGCAGCCCGAAGACUCCACAGCAUGGGAUUCCUUCCAGUCCUCUGACAGCAUAGAUGCAGACAUCCCAGCAGCACCCAGUCUCCUCCUGAGCCCCGACCCGCCGCCCCUCUCGUCUGGAUCCACCCCCGGGAACUCUGCCUUGGACGAGCUGGACCUGCUGGGAAAGACGCUGCUGCAGCAGUCCCUACCUCCAGAGGGCCUUCAGGUCAAAUGGGACAAGCAGCAGUCUAAACCAACCCUGAGAGAUCUCCAGAGCAAGUCCGGCGGCAGCAUUACCCCGAACCCCAUUCCGGCUUUUGCCCCCGAACAUCCUGCCCCUCUCCCCAGCUCUCAGCCCAGCCCUGGAGCCACACUGCUGGACACGUCUCCUGCUCACACCGAGUCUCCUCCUGCAGAAGUGACCCUCACUGAUGUUUUUGUACCGAUAGAAUCCAUUAAGCCCAGUAGUUUGUUACCUGUGACUGUGUUUGACGGACACAGUCUGCGGGUUCUCUUCCACUUCGCUCGGGACUCUCCUCCGUGUCGACCCGACGUGCUGGUGGUGAUCAUCUCCAUGCUGUCCUCGGCCCCCGUCCCCGUCACCAACAUAAACUUCCAGACUACUGCUCCAAAGUCCAUGGCCGUGAAGCUGCAGCCGCCGUCAGGGACAGAGCUCCCAGCUUUCAACCCCAUCCUUCCUCCUGCUGCUGUCACACAGAUUCUGCUGCUAGCAAACCCAGACAAGGAGAAAGUCCAGCUGCAGUACACAUUAACCUUCACCAUGGGAGACCAGGAGCACAGUGAGAGCGGCACACUAGAACAGUUUCCUCCUCCGGAGAAGUGGGGGAAUCUAUAGCAUUUAAACACAGCCACCACCCGACAGACUCUCUGCCUCCUUUCUACCAAGUCUUCAGCUCGACACUCCGCAUAAACCCGUUUUCCUUUGCGAUCACGUUUCUCGGUUGAUCGGCGUUUUCCCUGGAUGACACUCAUGCUCGGUCAGUGUAAUGUGCGUAUGCUUUGCUCUAAACGAGUCGUGUGUCUAGUUGUAGUCUGCUACAUGUGGCUGCAUUCAAACAAACCUGCAACCGCUCCCCCCCACAAAGUCGUUGCAGUUUUGUCAUCUAAUUUAACCGGACAGUGCUACUAAGGAAGACAACAAAUGUGUGCAUAUUUGCUCAGCUUACGUUUUGUUUCCCCUCCACUUAGGGCAGUCGUUUCAUAUCAGUUAUUAGUUGUUUACCGUCACCUCAGCAUGCUCUGUGAACAUGGGACAAAACGCUUGCAGAAUCCAUCAGAACAUAGUUCAUCUUAGUUUGCGAAACGAGGCUAUACUUAUUCAACUUUUUGUGGUUUAUUUUGACUGAGUGUUCCUUUUCGAUUGCACAGAGAAUGAUUGUUUUCAUAGCACUGUUUUCCCGUCUCCCUGCCAUCUCGUGUAUAGACUAACAUCUACUGUAACAUUGGAGCUGUGUAUUUUCUGCCAUACGUGCCUAUUUUGCAGUCCUAGCGUUAUUUAAAGUUUAGUGCUUUAGUUGAUUUCUUUUCUCAUCUGUUACAUGUAUGUCCAGGAUAACAACUUAACAUUCAUCUUUAACGCAGUUUAAGUUACAUUUUAACGGAAUUCUUUAGCUUGGGAUUUAAGUUUCUAUGUAACAUUUAUUGGAUAAAUCAAAAACUUGACUAUAUGCAAACUGAGCUGCACUCGUGCUCCGAGCACAGCGUCUGUCUAGAACAUGUCCGACUUGUUUCUACAACCUGCGAUGCAUGAACACUUCCUCCUCCACAGGCUCUCGGUCACAUUCCACUGCACUAAUUUCCAGUAAGACUGCUUUGUAAAUGCCGGCGACGGCAGUUCUGUUAUGUACAUUUGACUUGUGCAGUGUGCAAGAGCAUAACACUGGUGAAAUAUUACAAAUGGGUAAUAAAGUUUUUUUUUCUCGGUGAUCUAAA